UCUUCCCACUUUUUUUUUUUUCUUCAUAAAAUUUUCAAAAAAAAAAUUAAAAAUUAAAUAAAAGUGAAAAUUUCUUCUGAGAGUAAUGGCGGUGUUUGAAGAGGAGAAAAUAUUUGAGGAGGAAAUUGACGGCGAUGAUGACGGCGAUGAGGACGAAGAGGACGACGAUGACGAGGAGGAGGAAGAGGAUGAGGAGGAGGAAGUGUUGAAUAGCAGCGGAGGAAGGGCGCAGGUCACGUCUGUUGGUGACGAUGAGGAGGAUGAAGACGGAGAAAAUGAAGAUGACGAAGGCGACGACGACGACGACGACGACGAUGAUGACGAUGAUGAUGAAGAUGAAGAAGGUGAAGAAGAGGAAGAGGAGGAUCUAGGCACAGAAUACCUAAUCAGACCAGUUGGCCGUGCCGAGGAUGAGGAAGAUGCAAGUGACUUUGAACCACAAGAAAAUGGUGAGGAAGAUUUUGAUGAGGGAGAUGAAGAUGACGACGACGACGGUGGAAAAGUUGAGGCACCACCGAAGAGGAAGCGAUCAGGCAAAGAUGAUUCAGAUGACAGCGAUGGUGGAGAGGAUGAUGAAAGACCCUCCAAGCGGUAGGGCUUUCGCCUCAAUCCAGUUAUGUAUAACCGAAGGAGGAAGUGUGUGCUUUGUUAGGUCUCGUCUUCCUUCCUGUAUUAUCAUGGUACACAAUCUUAGGGUCGAAUUUUAUCUUUAGAUUCCAUAAUAUGAAUUGUUGGGACAGUUGGAGAAGGUUGUUGAUUAGCUUACUUUAUGCUAUAUGAAAUACUGUUAGGCUAGUUGUAACUUGUGAGGUGGCUAGCUAGGUUGGUAUUUGUACCUUCAAGAAUUUCAAUCAACUAGUGUUGGAUAUUUUUGAUGGGGUAAUAUGCUGGCGUUCUGACAUA